AAAGGAAGAAGGGUAAGUAGUAACUGAUUGAUUAGUCGUAUGCGUCACCAAACUACACAACAAGAGAGAGAAACAAGUGAGAGAAAAGUGUAUGUGGUAGUCCUAUAAAUUCCAAAGGCAUUGGAGCAACACACUUUUCCAAUUCAGAAACCCUUUUUUUCAAUAUUUUUGCUUUGGUUUUUUCCUGCACAAUUAAAGAUCCUACCUUUCUUACUCCUUCAACUGAUUUCGAUGAGGUGAACUAAUCCGUAUUUCAAUUGCUGCACAACUGUAUCAUGUUGUAGCACUGAAAUCCCGGUCUUUGUCCACAACAUCCAUCUUUUUAGCUAAUCUUUAGUCAACUUUUGGAAUCCCAGUUUUUCCAAAAUACAUAGGGAAUGCUGCAAGAUGUGCUUGACUUCUAAGUAUUCUCGAUCUAAACCCACCUUGUUUAGAGCUCUGUUUGAGCUACCAUUAUCGGAAAUCAAUAAGUAUAAGCACAUCGAUUGCUGUUCUUUGUGUUUUGAGUUUUACUUCCCCACUGUUGCCAAGAAUGUCGAAGACUAUCUUGUUUCUACAUAUGAGCUUUGCGAAGAUGGCUGACUGAUUCUUGGUAUUGCAUUUACUAUAGAGUAAGAAUAUUAGAUACCGCUCUGAAAUAAAUAAUAAUCAAUCACUUUAAAGAUGGAGCAAAACAAAAUCACCAUCUUGUUGCAGAAGUAUGAGCUAGGAAAGCUACUUGGACAAGGAACAUUUGCAAAGGUGUACUAUGCAAGAAACAUCAAAACUGGUGCAAGUGUUGCGAUAAAAGUAGUUGACAAGGAGAAGGUUUUGAAGGUCGGGAUGAUUGAGCAAAUUAAGCGGGAAAUUUCUGUCAUGGGACUUGUGAAGCACCCAAAUGUGGUGCAGCUGUAUGAAGUUAUGGCCACCAAAACCAAGAUCUAUUUUGUCAUGGAAUACGUCAGAGGAGGCGAGCUGUUCAACAAAAUUGCUAAAGGCAAGCUGAAGGUGGAUAUUGCACGGAAGUAUUUCCAACAAUUAAUAUCAGCUGUUGAUUACUGUCAUAGUAGGGGUGUUUACCAUCGAGAUUUGAAGCCAGAAAACCUUCUGUUAGAUGAAAAUGAAAAUCUUAAGAUCACAGAUUUUGGGCUGAGUGCUAUUGCUGAUACCAGAAAGCAAGACGGUUUGCUUCACACCACCUGUGGGACCCCUGCCUAUGUUGCUCCUGAUGUUAUUCUCAGGAGAGGCUAUGACGGAGCAAAAGCUGAUAUUUGGUCGUGUGGGGUAAUCUUGUUUGUUCUGUUGGCAGGAUAUCUCCCGUUCCAAGAUUCUAACUUGAUGGAAAUGUAUCGAAAGAUUGGAAAGGCAGAGUUUAAAUUCCCUAAUUGGAUUCCCUCAGAUGCACGACGAUUACUCAUCAAGAUCUUGGAUCCAAACCCCAAGACACGGAUCUCAACAGCAAAGAUCAUGGAGAAUUCUUGGUUCCGAAAAGGGUUUGAUUCUAAACUCUUAGAAGUUAGGCCUGUAGUUAAUGAUAUAAAGCCUGAUAUACUAGAUGUUGAUGCUAUCUUUGGGCCUUCUGAAAACCUUGAACCAAAGCAAGAAGAUACUCAGCCUUGUUAUAACCUGAAUGCAUUCGAUAUUAUCUCCUUCUCAGAGGGGUUUGAUUUAUCCGGUUUAUUCGAAGAGAAGAGCCAGAAAAAGGAGGUUAGAUUUUCUUCCUGUCAAUCUGCUUCAACAAUCAUAUCAAAGCUGGAGGAAGUAGCUCUGAAGUCAAAGCUAACGGUGAAGAAGAAAGAUGGAGGGCUCAUGAGAUUUGAAGGAUGUAAAGGGAGGAAAGGGGUUUUAUCUUUCGAUGCUGAAAUAUUUGAGGUUACUCCAACCUUUCAUAUGGUGGAGCUGAAGAAACGUGGCGGGGAUUCGUAUGAGUAUCAGAAGGUUGUAAAGCAGGAGAUGCGACCAGAACUCAAGGAUAUUAUUUGGACUUGGCAAGGUGAGCAAGAAGCACAAUCUUCACCUGUGCUCCCAUUGCCUUCACCUUCUUCAGACGAGUCCUAGAUUAAUGUAUCUUGGCUUUAGUUCUUUCUUGAAAAAUUUCGUACUGUUGGUGUUUACAUGCUAACUAGCUGAAGUCUUUGGGGUUUAAUCCCCCUUGUAUCUGUUUACUUUGAUAGUAAUACUUGUGGGAAUAUGUUUUAAAUACUCAAGUAAAUAUGUGAUUCCCAUAAGUGACGUGUUUAUGAUCUGAAAGAUUGCUUAAUCUGAACUGAUUCUGAAAUCAAUCUGCACAAAGAAUAUGAACUUGAGAUGCAGUUGAUCCUUUGUCUUGUUA